UUAUAAAAAAAAAUAUGACGGAAUCUAAAAUUUGAGCCUUAGUUUUUAAAGCACUAUCUAUCAGCACGUCAUUCCAGCGUGUCUGCCUAUUACAGCCAGUCUCGCUCAAUUAUCGAUAAAGCGAAAGCACAUGCAUUCGUUCUCUACAGUUAAGAGAAAAAAGUGAUUCUGAUGAAAAUGACGACGACAAUGUUGAUGCGCUGGCUGUAUUUAAUUUCUCAUCUGUGUAUAUGUGUUUGGGGGAAGAAACACUCGGAACGGUUAUACGAAUUUCUGUUUCAAAAUUCCUCGUACAACAAAGUGUUAAUUCCCACUGUGAGGGACAAUGACACUCUGAUGAUGAAUCUGACGUUCUUACCCAGAGGUAUAAGCGAGUUUGAUGAAGUCACUGGAAAGAUCUCCAUCGCAAUGGGUUUGGACAUACGUUGGAUAGACAGUUCUUUAAGGUGGAACCCUUUGGAAUACGGGGGCGUGUCCCACCUGGUGGUACCAGAGGACCACGUUUGGACACCUGUGUUGACACUGGCUAAUCCGAUUGACAGAAUUCCCGUUUUCCCGGAGGAUUCAUUUCCGGUGAGGAUUUACGCCAAUGGCAUGGUGAUAUGGAUCCGAGGGGGUACAAUAAGCAUCACUUGUCAACCAAACGUACGGUAUUACCCGUAUGACCAGCACACCUGUAGAGCAAAGUUCUUGACCAUUGACCGUAUUCGAAACGAGCUCAUGCUUCGGCCAGGGAUGCGAUCAGCUAUUCUUGACAAAAAUGAGGAAUGGGACAUAGCAGAUUUGAAGUAUCAUUCCUGCUUUUUCGAUGUGUAUUCUUGUUCAACAUUUGAGAUAAAGAUCAAGAGAAGGCCAGAGUUCUCGAUACUCAAUACCUGUAUACCAAUCAUUUGUUUAGGUAUUCUAAAUGCCUGUGUGUUUCUGAUUCCACCAGAAUCCGGAGAGAGAGUUUCCUUUGCCAUCACAGUGUUGCUUUCAUUCGCAGUUUUUAUGACAAUAUUCAGCGCGAUUCUUCCCAAAAACUCGGACCCGGUCCCUAUUCUGAGCUACAUUCUAAUGUUUAUGAUGAUUGAAAGUGGGAUUAUUGUGGUUCUUACCAUCGUCGGGCUCCGUAUCUUCCACCGACGGAAUGAUAGUGACUGCCCUUCAAAGACCCCGUGUUGCAUAACGAUUACUCGCUGUGUUGAUAAGAUCCAUGCAUGUAAUGAAGACACGCCGUUGAAUGUUUCUUGUCAGCAAGAUACAGAGCGGCGGAGCGAAACGCCGCAAAGAACCCAUUCCUGCGAUAGACUACAGCUCUUCGACCUGAUAUGCUUCUAUGUAUCGUUACUGGGAUUUGUGGUGCUUGUGUCGAGUUUUGCCAUUUUAGUCAAAACAGCCUAAAUGUGCAUAAACCACUGCAUGUAUGUUAAGUAAUAAGGCUGUAAGUUUAAAAAAUGUACUGUAUACUGGGAAAUAUUCGCCCCCGUUUUAUUUUCGCCCCUUUCGCCCUCGAUGUCAGCGGGCGAAUUGAAGACAGGCCAAAUACCAAUGUUCUAAGUUAUCUCUUUUAAUAGUACACAAUUUUGUCUGGGUAAAUUUAAGAAUUAAGGGGCGAAACUAUUCACAAGGGGAAAAGGGUAAAAAUAACACGGGGCGAAAAUAACCCUGUAUACAAGUACAGUAUUUGAUUUACAUGAAAUGUGAAAAUGAAAACGAGAAAAAAUAUGUGUUCGAUUACCGUUCGUUUCUGAACUUAGUCGCUAAUAGGCUCAUUAACUUUGCUGAUAUUUUGCUGAAAUUUAUAAUAUACGAUAUUUAACAUAUCUAUGCACUCUAUAGAUAAACAAACAAAUAAUAUAAAGCAUGUAUAUUUUAGUUAUAUUGAUUCUUUGAAAUUAGCGGCAACUGGGUACUUAGACGAGCUUGAUGUGGGUUAUUAUCAUAAUGAAUUGUUGUAAACUGACAAAUAUACAAUGCAAUUAUUUAAUAAACUGUUAUGUAACAAUGAAAUAUAUGUCA